AUGACGCCCUACAGGGACACAGGAAACGCGUGCGACUACGUGCUGAGUGAAUGGCGGAACGAUACUGAUUCGACGCCCCGCGAAUGUGACGAAUGCAUCCUCGGGCCCAUACAGCUGGAGGUCAACUCGCCCAUUGGCCACACUGAGGCCCGCGCCGGCGAGUUCAAGGCGGCCAUGUCCAGCUGCAGCGUCAAGGGCUACGCCUACACAAACCAGCCGCCGUAUGUCCAGAGCCAAACGUCCGCCUCCCCCGAGUCCCCUACCUUGGUCCUCCAGGACUGGUCUGCGCGACGCAUGUCAUCCGAAUGUGCCACUACCUACCGUGUCCAGGAGGGCGACACGUGCGACAGCAUCGCCGUUGCGCAAGAGGUGCCGAGCAGGGACCUCGUGGAAGCCAACGACAAGCUAGAUGGCUGGUGCGGUGGUCUCGAAGCCGGCAUGGACUUGUGCCUGCCCGCCAAGUGCAAAAUGCACCCCCUGAAGCCUGAAGAUUCAUGCGAGUCGCUGCUGGAGGCGUAUGGCGCUGGGCAGAAGAGCCUAGCCGAGUGGAACCCGAGGUUAUACAUUCAAUGCGACAACUUGAAUGCCAUUACAGGCUACAUCUGCGUAGGGUGA